AAAAUCUUGACGGUCGACAACUUUAUCGAGCGAUUGGGUUCACCCUAUUGUAAGGAAGACUAUCACCGGCUCUUCUCUCCCAAGUGUUGCGUCUGCACCGAACCCAUCAAAGAUAAAGCGAUAAAUGCCCUUGGCAAAAUGUGGCACACAUAUUGCUUUAAGUGCACUCAUUGUGGUUGUCCUCUCGAGGAGAGAAACUUCUAUGAGAAGAAUGGAAAGCCUUAUUGUGAAAACGAUUACAUGAAUCUCUUUCAUCCCAAGUGUACGGGUUGUGGACUCCCUAUCCCUGAUGGCCGGCAAAUCACUGCAAUGGGAAAGCCAUGGCAUCCGGAGUGCUUUGUUUGCACCAUUUGUGUCAAACCAUUAACACCGGAGACAUUCAAAGAGCACGCGGGCAAACCCUAUUGCGAGGAA